CUGACGCUUCCAGUUUGAGAUAUCGCACCAGGGAAACCGCUUCACCAUCGAUUGCUCCUUGGGAACAUGUACCUGUCCUUUUUAUGAAACCAUGUGGCUUCCGUGUGUGCAUUUAAUGGCGGCAUACAAGCAGCACGCGUAUCCGACAAGCCAAAUACCUAUUUGCAUCCGCUGGCUGGCGGACUACAACCUACCCACAGAGUCCAUGCCGUUGCGGACGUUGAAAGUCCCCGUUACGAAACCAUCUACGUCUAAAAUUGCACAUCUUGUACAUCGUCUGAGAAGUGCUGAAGAGGUUAAUCCAUCCGGAUUUUCGGUACUGUAUCAAGAGCUAUUGCGAAGGACUAACGAAGUAAUUGGUGAUUCGUCAGACUUUCAACGUGCAAAGAAACAACCGCGUUGGCCGAAAAUUAUGGCGCCCACAGAUUUGUGUUUCACAUGCAGCAAGCCUGUUGUGAUUGACGCAGUUCGCUGUGCGCACAAUCGGUUACUUUACCAUCGAAAGUGUUUGCGUGUGCAAUCAGGAGCCCGUUGUACAAUUUGUGUCAAUGCUUCACAAACGGUAUCUGUGCCCAUGAUGGCAGUGCAAUGCUGUACUACCGCUGUUGGCCGUUCACCCUCACCGGAUUUCACAGUUGCCUCUACCCCAUCAACCUGCCCCGCUUACGAAGACAGUCAGGAUGAGAUUACCGCCGAUCCGAGUACAAGUCAACAAACCGUACCCCAUAUUGCACGUGCACUUGCUUGUCGAAAAGGAGCCGUGGAGUUCCCCUCAAACAGAGGUAUUGUGCAGAAUAGAGUGCCAAACGUCGACAUGGAUGCCAGCCCAGUAAAGAAAACGCAAAGAAAAAACUUGUUCAGAUAAAAACUCUCAUUCAAUUACCCGACAGUAGACUAUAUGUUCGCACUACUAUUAUAUUUUAGCCGAUGAAUACGACUUUGUGUAAAGAUACCUUGCAUGGGACAUGCGCGUCCAAGGCACGAAUAUAGUGAACAACGCUGAACCUUCUCUCGCUGCCUUUUGUUAAAUACAAUGCACAGUUUUUA